ACUCCCCGGCUUCUCGUUGGCCAUACGCUCCCUCUUCAUGACUGGUUGCAAUGCGAGGUCGUUGUUGUGCAAGAUAGACAACAAUUUGUCUAGCUUGGUGGUUGAGAGUGAGACUCACUUUGUAGUUUGAUAGAAAUAGAAGAGAAGGAAGAGAGACAUACCUCCCUUCCUCUCUCUCUGUUGCUUUUCUUUUGUUGGUUCUUUUCUCCUUUUCUUUGUUGUUAGAAUGAUGGGAGAUAAAGGAGGAGAAAGUCAGAUGAAGAAGCACUCGUCAUCAUCAUCAAAGGACCCACCGAAAGAAACAACAGGAGAGAUUGUGGUUGUAUCCACAGAACAGCAAGUUUAUGAAAAUCCUAACCCUAAUCCCAACCCUAACCCCAAUCCCAAUCCCAAUCCGAAGAGAAUCAGAUACGGAACUGGGCAAUGGAAGCCAGUCAACCCCCCGCCGCCGCCCCCACCACCACCACCGUCAAGCUCACCACAGUUCCAAAAUCAACCUCCGGCGUCCUCAUCACCGGCCACUUCCCACCACCAACCUCUGCCCGCUACGGCUGACUCUUCGUCCCCCGCAACCUCCACUCCGUCUCAUUCCCCUCGGCCUUCCUUCUCCGCCGCCUCCGACCAACACCACACGUCCAACCCGGAUCACUACUUCCAGCUGCGCAAGGGGAAGUACGUGAGCCCAGUGUGGAAGCCUAAUGAGAUGCUGUGGCUGGCGAGAGCUUGGCGAGUACAGUACUCCGGCGUCGGCGGGGAGAGCCAGGAGGGCAGCGGCGAGAUCGUGCCGUCGGGGAGGGGUAAGAGCCGGGCGGAGAAGGACAAGGAGGUGGCGGACUUCCUCAACAGCCAUGGCGUGAACCGUGACGCCAAGACGGCGGGGACCAAAUGGGACAACAUGCUGGGGGAGUUCAGAAAGGUGUACGAGUGGGAGAGAGGACCGGAAAGGGAGCAGGUGGGAAAGAGCUACUUCAGGCUCUCCCCUUACGAGAGAAAGAUACACAGGCUGCCGGCCUCUUUCGACGAAGAGGUUUACGAAGAGCUAUCGCAAUUCAUGGGGCUCAGGACGAGGGCGUCUCAGGCUACACGAGCUUCAUCUCUCGGCCGCGGCGGUGGCGCCACCACCACUUCUACCACUGCUGAACCUUUCAGAGAACACCUUUCUUACAAACCGGAUAUGGUCAGAACGAGCAGAGAUGAUUCAUCAUCAGGUGCAGUUAUGCGGCAACUGGCGGGCGUGGCCGGCGGAGAGACGUCGAUGGCGCCCGGAAUGGGGCUUCCGAAGCUAGCGGGAGAGAGUCCAGAGCAGGGGUGCGGCGGGAGGGAGCUGAGGAGGAUAGGGAAGGUAAGGAUGACAUGGGAGGAGUCGGUGAACCUUUGGGCGGAGGAAGGGGAGUACCAGAAGGGCAGGUUGAGGGUGGAGGGCCUCAGCUUCUUGAACGCGGAGGAGCUGACGUUCCUGGACGACUCCAUGGUUGCCAGCAGCAUCGAGACGUUCGAGGAAGGGCCUCUCAGAGGGUUCUCGGUGGACAGGUUCCUCUGUGGCCAGCAGAUCAAGGUGUUUGGGCGACGGAGAUCCUCCUCGUCCGGCAGCGGCGAAAGGAUACAGCAGCCAUUACCGGAGCCGUUCAUCAGAUCGAUUCCUCCAUUAGAGUACCAAGAUCGAACCGACUACUACGUGGGGUGCUUAAGAGUGCCAACAACAUCGACUCUACCCAGCCUGCUUGAGCUAUCAUGGCACUUGCAGGAGCCACCGCCCGAGGAGUUCCGCUUCCCCUUGAGACGGGAGGUGUUUCGGGACCUCCCACCAGGCAAGGAGCUCUUCUUCACCCCUUCGUCGGACCUCGACUCUCGUUCAUUCGUGUACGAGAUAGUUGGCCCCCUGAUCAGACCAAGCACCACGGCCACCACCAUCACCAGAGAUUCGUUCAUCCCCCUAUGGGACGACUGCGUCAACCGCAUCAUCUCUCGCCUCUGCAUCCUCGACAUUCUCCUCAUCAGAAAGCCAACCACCACCACCGCCAUAUCCGCGCCGUCUUCUUCCUUCUCUGAGACCGUGCAGGACCAGUGGCCAAAUGUAACAGGCUUCGUCAAGAACUUGUGCCUAUGGCGAGGUGAGGAGACCGAUCAAGUUCGAGAAGGUGGCCCCAAUCCAUCGUCAACCAUACUGGACAAGCUCCUCUGGACUUUCGGCGACCUGCCCUACCUCCUGGGCUACCACGCCGUCGGCCACACCGUCACGUUUUGCGCGCUCAGCCGUUCCCAGGACCGAACCACCCGCACCGACCUUCUCAACGUCGACCUCUCCACACCAUCAGAACGGAUCAAGGCGUUGGUCCCUUGCUGGCGCAUCUCCAAUCUCCUCCCUCUCCUUGCCGACCACUGCUGCUCCAAGCACACUGGCUCGUGUUGCUUCAGCGACUACCAGAGGCUGGAGAGAGGAAGAGGCAAGGUGGUGGAGAUAAUGCCGACGAUAGUGAAACGGAUCUUCCCCAACAGGAGAAGGUGGUCGGCGAUGAAAGAGAUCUACGAUUUCUUAGACCACAGGGUACCCCACGCCGAGUAUCUGUGCGCAGCGUCGGAGAGUGAGCUGGCUCUGGUGUUCAAGCCCAGGGGAUGCGGAGCUAAGCCGACGAGCGUGGAGCAGCUGGUGGAGGCGCUGAAGUUCGUGACGAAGGCGCUGGUGGCGCUGCACGAUAUGUGCUUCAUGCACCGGGAUUUGGGGUGGGAGAACGUGAGGAGGAGGGUGGACAGGGAGGAGUGGUUCAUAGUGGACUUCGAGGACGCGAUAGGGUCGCCGCAGAUCUACCCUCACAGCGUCAGCGGGGUCAGCCAUGCGCCGGAGAUGUCGAGAGGGGUACACGGCGUGAAGGUGGACGUGUGGGGGGUGGGCCACCUCAUCCGGACCAGCGGGGUGAGCGUCCCGCAGCACCACCUGCUCAAGGACCUGCAGAACCGCUGCCUCGAGCAGAAUCCGGAGCAAAGGCCCACCGCCGCCGACUGCUACCACCACCUCCUCCAGCUCCAGUCCUCCCUCGGAGGGGCCUUCUGAUCUUUUCCUCCAUCCCUUUACUGCUCGUUCAUCUUCUUCUGGAGGUGCUGGUCUUUGGAAUGCAAAGAUUCUCUCUCUCACACAUCUCUGACGUGUUUUGA